AUGUUAAGCGUGUUUUUAGCAAGAUUUUUAUCUAACCUAGAUUGGAUAGACGACAAACGAAAGGCCAAGUGUCUUCAGCCGCCGCAUUUGAAUGACAAUGGUGCUUCGCUAUCAGCUUCCAGCUGCCUCGAACCCACCUCCCCUAAUGGCAAUGUUCCAGAACCAAAAGAUAGAAUGGUUCCAGUGGGACCAAAGUGUAGCCUUUGGUUCCACUACGCCUUGAUUGCGUACAUGGGCGGUAUUCCGUGCGCUGGCCGGAGUAGUCUACAAGCCGUCAUCGAAAUCGAUAGUAGAACACCCGCACACAAGCUCACCCGUCCACCUGAGGAAAAUCCUACGCGCAAGCACGCCUCCUGCAUUUGCUACCUCCCCCUCCCCAAAUACGGCGCCAGGAUCGAUGUCUUGCGUUGCCAACUUUUGCCUGCGUAUGCCUAG